ACAUUCAACAUGGCCGCUCCCGUGUAGACGCUUUCUAAGGAUUGCUGCUUGUGUGAAGAAGCUGUAAACCAUGAAAGAGAUGAGCCACCAUGGAUGCCAAAGAAAUAGUUCACUGUGCCCAGCAGAUAGAGAAAUUCGCUGCAGACAGAAGCUAUGGGAACAUCUUGACCCUCCUCGGUGACCUUGAUAAGUCGGAGAUCACGGCAGAGCAGCUGGAAACGACGGACGUUGUCAAAGUUCUUUAUAGAGUCCUGAGAACCUGCUCUGAUGACAGUGUGAAGAAGACGGUCAAGAGCCUGUUGUCGAAGUGGAAGAGACAGUACAGCAGAGAUACACGAGGAGUGAAAUGCACAGCCUCUUCAUCACAUGAGGAUGAGGAUGGAGGAAGUUCAAAGCAAGAAGCAUCACCCCCAAUGGAAAAAGAUGGCCUCCAGACUCUUACUGCAGAGAACACAUCUGCAUCCUCUGAUUUCCCAUCUGUAAGAACCAAAUGUGUUCAGCUCCUCCUCGCUGCCCUCCGCCCUCAACCUCCCGACCAGGACAUGGCUGCACAGCUGGCGGGCGACAUCGAGCGGCAGAUCCAUGACCUCCACAAAUCCAAUCAAGUCAAAUACAAAACCUGUGUGAGGAGCAAGGUGGCCAACGUGAGGAAUCCUAAAAACGGUCACCUGCGUCAGGGCCUCCUGAGCGGCUCCCUGUCGCCUGAAGCCUUCGCCCGGAUGUCAGCAGAGGAGAUGGCGAGCGCAGACCUCCGCCAGCUCAGAGAGGAGUACUCCUCUCGGGGGGUGAGCGAGAGGCAGCUUCCUCAAGGGAUAGAGGGGACGCAGACGCAGAAGAUUCGCUGCAAAAGGUGCGGAGGAUUGGACUGUAGGGUGACGCAGGUGUGCAGGGGGGCCCUGUUCUUGCCUGCGUGGGUGAGGAGCGGUGGCCCCGAUGAGGAUGCGAUGACUUUUGUGACCUGUAGCGGGUGCGGGCAGCAGUGGUACCACAGCGGCUGGGUCUGCCUCUGAACAGAAUCCAUCGAUUCAUCAGCCAAUAAUUGUUUGGCCCAUGAAUUGACAGACAACAGUGGAAAUUGUCAUUUUAGCUCUCCUGUUGUGUAUCACCUUGUGAAACCACCAAAAAUGUCAAUGGUUGUCCCGUUUUAACCGCAGCUCAACAUUUUCUUUAUGGGUUGAGAAACUUUUCUAACCUUUCGCAACAAUCUGAAAAAGAGUUGAAAACAUUGUGGUCAAGGUUUAACUGCUCCUUCCUGAGUUUUGACAUGGUGAAAGAUUUUGAACCCAAAAGUGCUGACAAGUUGUUCCUGCAGUGUGUUAGAUAUUUUCUCCAACAUGGUGAGAGGAAUGCAGAGUGGAAACAGAGGACAGAGCAUUCCUGCAAGAUGAAGCAUCCACUUGUGGUUUCAACAAGACAUUUUAGGGAUUUAUCUUGGGUUUUUUUUUUUUUGCAUGACAGAAUGUGGGGUUUUAAAUCCUAAAAUGGUGAUUACCUUUCAACUGGAGGUACAGAAAAAGCCAAGUCACUGCCUAUUGCAGCUGCAGACUGAAACCACAACUUUUCAAGAAGUAGCUCUCGUCAUCUUCUCCUCGCUGAAUCAUUUCCUGUAUCCUUGACACUAAUUGCCCGUCACUUUAUCUUUCCUUACAGUAGACCAUUUAGCUGCUGUUCCUGGCUUCUUUCUCUUACGCUGUCUCUUUCAGAAUCAAGCAAAGCCACUAGUAUAAUUCUUUUAAAUCUUUAUGAAAAAAGUGUGUUCUGUUGCACUUAUUAUAAGUCAACCCGGCUAUAAAUGUAGAGUAAAUUCCUUAAAAAGAAAGAAAGAGAAAGAAAGAAAGAAAGAGAACAUGCUCCUGGCUUUCUACAAUAUCCCAUUCAUUUGGAGGAAACUGGAUCCAGUGGAUGAGACAUGUGACCUGAGUAAACGGCGAGCAUGUGAGUCAGUAAUCCGCAGGGGUGGAUAUCCCCUGAUGGCCCACUCUCUGUAAAGUCAGUCGACGUGGCACAGUGACUCACUUACACAUCAUCGUGACAUCACAUCGAGGGGCCUUCACCGCGCAGAGACGUCUCACAAAACACUUUAAAUCACUCAUUUGUAUUCUUAGCUGGUUUGUCUGAACCAGGCUGUUCUGUCUUCAAUGUUGUUUUGGCUGUUCUUCUUUAUUUUUGAUUUAUUUGCACUACACAUUUUUUUUUAAAUAAAAAACACUUCCUAAACUGACAGUGA